AUGCCGAGCGGGCGAAUCAAGAAGCAGCAUACAAAAAGUGCCCCACAAUGGCGAGAAGCUAGUCCUGACAUCCUCAUCGAUCGUUAUGUCUUCGGCGCAACAUCAGUAUUCAGACUCAACGAAAAUGUACUCCAAGGCUGGCUGUCGAACUUGCAAAAAAUUGAUGCAGCAAUAGGAUCCGAAAAGUCAAGUGUGAUGAAACCCAUCCUGCCUGUCGCCGGUGUCUUUCGACUGGCCGUUCUUGCGAUGGUUAUGGUAUUUGGGGAGAACGGCGGAGCUGUUCUCCCACGAUCAAUUGGCGCUCCCGUUCUUGCUACAAGUGCGCUAGAAAAAGAAUACUUUGAUUGGUUCAGAAACCGCACGGUUCCCAAGCUUCCAGGCUCAUUCAUCUCGGAGUUUUGGUCCAGACUUCUUUUGCAAUCCAGCCUGACAGAGCCAGCGAUAUUACAUGCUAGCCUCGCGUUGAGCGCUGUUCACAAGGCAGGCGCAACCGACAGCAACCGUUAUAUUAAGGAACAGAUGAAGCAAUUUGCUUUGCAUAAUUACGUCAAGGCAAUUGAUCACCUACACCCCCACUUUGCGGCAAAAAAUAGGGUAUCCUUCCAAACUAUCCUCAUUGCAUGUGUCAUCUUCGUGUCCCUUGAAUUUCUUCGUGGCCACUUUGGGACCGCCCAAUCACAUCUUCAAAAUGGGUUCAAAAUCAUAAAGGAAACCAAUUUAUUCCCCGUAGAGCAUGGCUCGAUACCGGUUUCACUUCCUCAGCGCAGCGUGGCAGAGGACUGGAUAAUGGAAGCGUUCUUCAGGUUACAUGUCCAGGUUGGGCUAUUUAAAGAGCCGGAUCACGGUUCGGAUGUGGCAUUUCAGAAGAACGAACGAGUCUCUCUCCCUCGCAAAUUUCUUUCUCUCAAAGAAGCGUGGCAAUUAUUGGACAGUCAAAUGCAUGAAACUCUGCGUUUGGCCCAUCUUAAUCGACAACAUAACGCAAGGGACGCAUAUUCACCCUGCUAUCCUCCGUCAACGAAACAACAAAAAGAAACAUUGAAGAGACUCGAGCAGUGGCACACGGCAUAUAAGUCCUCGAGUCAGGCCAUAAAAGGGCAGGGGUCACUUGAUGAACAGAAGGCAUACCUUAUUUUGGGCAUAUAUCAUACAAUGACAACGAUAAUGGCCGAGCUGUGCUCAUAUCCCGAUAAUGAAAUGGCCUCCGACACCCAAAUCCACCAAUUUGCUCACUUGAUGAAGCAAAUGGAGAACCUCCACGACGUCAGCCGGGCUGAGUGGGAUGCAAUCUCGGUGGAUGAUCGCGUUAACAUUUCCAGGUCCAUUGUGGAUAUGGGCUGCAUUGCGCCUCUCUAUUAUGUGGCCGUGAAAUGCCGAGUCCAUCGCCUCAGAAUACAGGCAGUCCAAUUACUGGAAUCGGUCUUCCACCGAGAAGGGAUUUGGGAUGCGAGAGCCACUGCCUCUGUGGCGCGCAAGGUCGUGGAACUCGAGGAAGGCGAUUAUUUUAUUUCUGGCGGGCUAUCUGAUGACCUUUCUAUCUUUGACUGUCAAGGACAACCGACACUACCUGAACACUACAGAAUACAUAACGUUGGAUUUGUGUUAUCUGGAAACCCCGCGGAAACGAUCUUCCUGCUUGGUAGAAGGCACGAAGGCAAGAGCGUCCGAAGCUGCAUAGCGGAAUAUCGCAUGGGCUCGCAGAGCUGGAUUGAUAUGUGA